GUAGUCAAGCCACAUACUCCGUUAAUUAAGUUCCCAGACAGAAAAAGUAGUCCCAGACCUAAAAUGCAGGAAUCGCUACAAGGAAGCCUGCCAUCUCCCCAUGCUCCAGCAGCACAGGAGUCUGUAGGAGGCGGAUCAUCAGCCUUCCAGAACGUUUCACUUCUUAGUAGAGCACAAGGUACACCAGACACUUCUGAAUUAGCAAGAACCUUACCUCAGAAAUACAGAAGGAAACUUAUGUCAGAGGAAGAGAUCGAAUACAUUCAGCGUGGAGGUCCAGAAUAA